CUAUAUUCAUUUUCUGUUGAUUUCUUGUUCAACUUUUUACAAACUAUUCAUUUCACAUAGGGGUAGUCGAGAUGUUGGUGAAUUCUUCAUUCGAUUUCUUAAAAUUAUUCUCAUACGCUAGUCUCCAUAUAGACAAAAUAUACCUUCGUGUUGUGGCUUUAAUUAGAGUCGUAUUCGUAUUAAAGUGUAUUUUAUUGCUUCUGUCAACUGUGCAUUGUUCAACGAUGAUACUGUGAUAAGGUCUAAUUUUUCCUUUUUUUUUGUUCGAUGUUGAUUUUGUUGUACAGCGGGAACUCUCGAGUUUUCUGUCUAAUUGUUCCGCUCAUUAUUUAUGUUGAAGUUUAUUCUAAUGAAUAUAUUCAUACAGUGUUUUUAAUUAAAAUAUAUACCUACGUUUAUAACGUGAAACAUGAGUGUGAUGGUGAAAUGAAUCGAUCGAGUUAGGAAGUUAGGAUCGAGAUAUGUUCUAUGAAGGAAGUAUAAGAAGUCGAAUUGGAUUGCCAAUGUUACUGAAAUUGCAGAAAAUCCUAUUUUGUCAAAAUAAUCAGGAAAUUCUACCUUUUUUUACUGGAAAUUUGAAGUACGUAUUACUUUCAGCAAUGUCUUCGUCUUCGUGACAGUUCGUUGAGUUCGUCAUCGCAGAUAAAAAUGCUAUCCUGUCAAUAUUCAAAAUAUUAAAUUACUAUAAGCUUGAAAAAAUAUGAACACGGUCCUUCAAUUAAGCAAUCCUUCGGUAGGUAAUCGGUAUGAGUUAUUAUUCAACCUAUUCAUAAUACUUAUUUCGAAGACAUUUUACAGUACAAUUAAUGUGGUCUUCUGAACCUUAGCUAAAUUGUUGAUUCAUUUGUGUGGUAAUUUUAGGAGCAUUAUUACAACAAGAUCUUGAUCUUCAUCUGCAAAAAAAUGCCAAAUUUUAGUUAGGUUGUGUUUGUGCUACACAAGGCGAUCGGGAGCACAAAUGAGUCACCAUCACCAUGAAAACGCUGUAUGUUUUGGUGUUUGUGAUCUGUCAAGACUCGUCUGGUUAUUGUUAUCAUUAUCAACAUCAACAACAACAAACUGAACUGCAAAUUAGCAAUUUUUGGGUUAUGAAAAUUUUAUGUGUUGUAUAUAAUGUAGUUUGUAAGUAGUUUUCAAGUAAUUAGAUUCAUUCAUUUUUGAAGACGACGUCUUCGCUGAACCUGAGGAGAUAGAGGAAAAAUACGUGGAAUUGAUUAGGGAGAUUGCCUGUAUAAAAUUUCUCCGACUAGGAAAGUUUUGGCGGAUGGUCGUUACUCUUUAUGCCAGCAUCGAUGGUGGAUGUAAACAAGAGUAAAAUUCAGAUCGCGAAGUGCAAUAGUGCAUGUUUUUAAAAUUCGCCACGACAUUGUUCUGCGAUUUGUUGCUCCAUCCAUAACAAAGAAACCAGCGCUUAUUCUGUCCCUUCCUAAUGGCACCGUACUCAUAUUUAUUCAAUUUGUGGAAAAUGGUUAAACGCGUCGGCGAUUAUCGAGAAUGAUCCUAGAGAGCUUCAUCAGUCCUGCUUAAAUUCGAGUAAUUGCGAUACGAUCGAAUAGUUACCAGUCCUUUGUCUAAAGAAGUUGGAAUACGUAGAAUAAGAACUGAUUAUUUUACUCAUGGCAGUGUAUGAUUUUUCGAACUCCGAACUUGGAUGCACAAUUUUUGAUGGUUUCAGUUCUCGGAUCGAAUUAGCUUUGAAAUUCAGUUGAUUAUUCCCGAAUUAGUAACAUUUUUCUAGUGUAAAACCCGAAAUGACUGAAAUUGUUGAUAACGUGUACGACGUCGUAUACCCAAGUCCUCAGCCCUUAACAGAUAUCUCAGCCAUCGCAGUGGCCGUCCAACUAUGGCGUUUACACUUUAGAGAACACAAUAUAGAGAAUAUUAUUGCAUUCUAUGAAUCUGUGGCUUCUGUUCCAGACAUCAUCACCUUACGUAAAAUUAUUCCUAACGUUCCAACAGUCAUUGAUUACAUAUGUGUGGAAUAUGUGAAAAAGCUCAUAUACACGACGGAAAGAUGGAUAGAAUUUCAUUUCAGAGUUAUAUUCAGCUACCAUCGCAGCGGCUGCUUCGACAUUUUAAACGAUUUCGAAGACAUUGUAGGUGAUUUCGAUGGAUCUAUUCAUUACGUUCGAACUGCUCAAAGGAUGAUGCGUUGUGAUGGAAUUAGCCUGGAGGAAAAAUUUAGGAUCGCCUGUGUUUAUUGUUUUGAAGACGAUAUCCGAAGAAUUUGGCCGACUAUGUCAGAUAAAAUGAAUUUGGAUGAGAUGACUUUUGACGAGUGUCCUCAUUUGUAUUAUUGGGUGUGUUACAUCAGAAAUGAAUUGGAUAAAAUACCAAAUGAGGAAGGUAUUCCUGUUGAUGAUCUAAUGCUCGAUUAUACCUCAUCUCGUACUACAUCUUCGUUCGAUUAUUUUUGGAGUCGUGCGAGCUUAGAAUUUCGAUACCAUAAAGCUAUACAUUUAUCUAUGAAUUGCCGUACACCAUUUUGUGGCCGGUUCCUUCUAUCAAAGUUCAACGAACAACACCUGAAUGAGUUUAUCAAUCAGAAAGGUGGCGAUAUUAUAUUCCACACGUCAACCAGUACCGAUCAUACACAUUACGUUCUUCCAAUCUGGAUGUAUAUAAAGGACAGAAUAGAUGAAUCGAAUUUUACCAGUAUAAUAGAAAGAAUGUUAUACAACGAGAGCAAUAAUUACGAUUACUCGAUCGAAAAAUAUAAAUACAUCAUUUUGCAAUUUCACAACGAUACAGAUGUGACGGUGUCUUGUGAAAUUUGGCACCUUGCUCGGCCCACUUUGAAACGAUCGGUGAUUGAAAACCUCUUGCCGAACGAAUGGUUGUUUCAAAGAGAUGGAUCAUUAGAACCUGACUGUCCUAGAAAAGUCCAACUCUUGAUUACAAUCCUGCUGGAUGCCACUGCUGAAGAAAGGAAUGCAUUUUGGCGCAAGAAUUGGCUUAAUUUACUCACAUCGACGCGAACUUCAGAUUUAAAUCGAAUUAUGAAACUCUGCUUCGCGAACGAUAACGAAAUCUUCCAGUAUAAAAAGAACACGAUGGCAAGAUAUGAAAAUCUCAGCGAAACUGUCGCCAAAUUAUUCCACUAUGGUUAUAUCAAAGAGUUGUGCAAUAUAUUAGACUUUUGCUGUGUCGAUAUUCGUAGCAGAAACGAAUUGAAACGACGAUUUUUAGAGUCGAAUUUCCUUGUUGAAUAUCCUGUUCAAUUCGCCUUCGUUAUUCGUGAAGAGAAAGCGAUGCACGAGUUCAUCGACGGAGCUCACGAUGGCAACGCUCACCUAGCUAAUGAAUUCCGAAGUAAAUUCGUAUCUUGGCCACUCACUGUAAAACAGUUACUACCGUGCAUUAUGAUGAAUACUAUGAAUAGUUUUCAACAAGUGAUGGAGUUCGUUGACUCGUUUGCGUCAUAUGGUCAAAACGUAGACAGAUUGAAGAAGAGUCUCGUCGAAGAAUUGAAGCCCUAUCUGAUUGAAGGUGCCACUUUGUUUAGUGAUUUUAAAUAUUUGCCGGAGUUUAUAGUCUGGAGUUUGGGUGGUGAUGAAGACCUAGUUACCAAAUUCAAACAGUUCAUAUCGCCGGAUGAAGUAUUACGCAACAUGAUAGGAAAUGAAGAUUUUCCUUGUGGCCUAGACGAGUUCCUAUUGUGGUAUUUCUGCACACCAGAGAAGAUAGACGAGUUUAAGACUAGGUUAGCCGAUGUGUUUGAGAUGAUCGCUCCUGCAAUCCAAUGAUAUCUACUCGGGUGAUUUGUGGUAACCAAAGUCGAACAUACUUUUAGUAUUCGUAUAUAUGUAUUUGUGCUAAAUUUUUUGAUUGUUUGAGCUAUUUAUUUACUGUAAAUUAUAAAUUUUUAAAAAAUUGAUCUAUGUAUAAUUACUGUGAUUUACAUUUAUCAUUAUAAUCGUUAACUUGUAUGUGAUAUUAUGUGAAAUUUUAUUUUAUUUUUAAACUAGUGAUUGCGCAAUUUGAACUAGUAAUAGUUAAUGUUCAAUUUGAAAUUCUACAUGGAUAUUACUUCAAUUAUUGUGAGAUAGUGAAGGCAAUUGUAGGUUUACUGCAUUCAUUUUUUUCAAACAAAUAAUUGAGCUGAUUUUAAUCUAUUUCUUUGUUAUAGUACUUACCUAUAUAUUUUAUUAUUAUUCAAUUAUGAUGAAGUAUGUACCUAAAUGUCCUAAAUCUUUCAUUUCUGUUUGGAAUUAUAUUGGUAAGUACAUUUUUUAUCUAAGAAUUUUCAUACUUUUUUAUUUGUUUUCUCAUGAAAUUGAAUUAUGGUGUGUAAUAAAUUUUCUUGAAUUA